AUGUCUGCUUUCUUCAACUUAGGAAAGACGCGCACUUUCAAGCCUCGCAAGGAUGUGCCGGAGGGAACGAAACAAUACCAGCUGCGCAAGUACGCCGAGGCUACCCUUGGCUCAGGCAACCUGCGUCUUGCGGUGCGCCUGCCCGAGGGCGAGGACCUCAACGAGUGGCUUGCGGUUCAUGCUGUCGACUUCUUCAACCACCUCAACAUGCUCUACGGCACAGUGACCGAGUUCUGCACGCCACAGGAGGCGAGUACAUCCCCGUCGGCCGCGUGCCCGAUCAUGUCCGCCGGGCCCAGAUACGAGUACCUCUGGGAAGACGGGGCGCGGUACAAGAAGGCGACGAAGCUGCCGGCGCCCGAGUACGUCGACGCGCUCAUGAACUGGGCUCAGGGGCUGCUCGACAACGAGGAGAUCUUCCCGAGCGAGAUGGGGAAACCGUUCGGGAAGACGUUCCGGGAGACGAUUGGGCGGCUCUUUAGGCGGCUCUUCCGGGUGUACGCGCACCUGUACAGCAACCACUUUGAGCACAUAUGCGCGCUGGGCAUCGAAGCGCACCUGAACACGAGCUACCGGCACUUUUUCCUUUUCGUGAACGAGUUCGAUCUCGUGGACAAGCGCGAGCUGGCCCCUCUCGACGAGUUGAACGAGGCGAUCUUGGCAGAGGACAAGAGCCGGUAG